AUGUUUGACACGCCAAGGAAGGAAGUCGAAUUACAUCUUCAUUUUGAUGGUGGAUGGCGUCCAGAGACUAUUUUCAGAUUUGCCCAGAAGAAAGGAAUAUCAUUUCCAUGUUCAAACGGAGAAGGAUUUGCGAAACAUUUAAGAGUAACGGAGCCAAACAGUCUCUGCUCCUUCUUGACUAAAUUUAAUGAUAUUCUUCAGCCUAUUAGAGGAGACAAGGAAGCUCUACAUCAAAUAACUGUGGACUUUGUAGAAGACUGUGUUAAAAGGGGUGGACAUUGCUAUGUUGAACCUAGAUUUUGUCCCUUCUUCUUUGCUGGCGAUAACCUGACUGUUGAGGAGGCUACUGAAACAGUUCUGAAAUCAAUGGAAACUGCCGCACAUCAGCAUAACUUGCAAUGGCGAGCAAUUCUCUGUAUGAUGCGUCAAAAUCCAGAAUGGUCUGAGAAAGUUGUUGACUUGGCUUUGGCCAACCGUAAAAAUGGAGUUGUAGCUGUUGAUGUUGCUGGCGAUGAUAAACCAUGUGAUGGCAAGAACACCGACAAGCGAAUUAAAGACGCCUUUCAAAGGGCCUAUGAGGCCGGUCUCCACUGCAUUGCACACGCUGGUGAAAACGGAUGUGCAGCGUCAGUAACUGAAGCUGUUCAUGAGAUGCAUGCUGAGAGAAUUGGUCAUGGCUAUCAUAUUCUGGACGAUAACAAUGUCUAUAAAGACAUGAAGGAGAGAGGUGUUCAUUUUGAGGUGAGUUUACUGCCUUUAACUUUAUCUGCAAAGUUAUACGCACUGUGUUCCUUUUAA